GGCAUUUGUUGCCUUAGCAUCGCUCGUGGUUGACGAGCUGAGGCAAGUAACUGCUACUGUUUUCAUACGUCGUACCUUCGGAUGAUGGUUAUCUGAUAGUUUGUUGGAAACCCAGUUGUCUCAACGGGACAACAUGUGUGCUGCUGCUGUAUCAAUCCCGAUUUGAAGUUGGUGGCCCCAGCCAUGGAGAAGGGAGAGUAAGUGUCUCUUGGUGGUCAAACUAGCUUUGACCACUCGGAUAACCUUACCCCUUCAUCAAAUUAACUCAAGAUGGCUGAUUCUAAUCUAACCAAGUUGACAGCAAGUCUAGAAGAAUUAUCACUUCGCAAACAGUUACCUCUACGUCAGACAGCCCAGAAACCUAUCCUGAAAUAUAAUCAACCAAUAGCCAAGCCUGUGCAGCUUGUAAACCACCAAUCAGAAUACAUUUCAAUCCGACAAGAUAGCCGAAACAGUUACAGUAGCCUCAGCCAGGCAUCCGUCAACAAUACCAUGACGCCGUCUGCUCCAUAUCGUCUCAGCAGAAACCCAAAUCCCUCAGGAACGGACGGGUCAACUACACCUCUGGGAUCAUACCUAGGGGGACAGACAUACAUUGCCCCUAAUAAUGUAGGGAAGCCUGGGACCCCUAAUUCCACUAAGGGACACUCAAACCCUUAUGCAAGGCCUCUCAGUGCCAAAGACAUUGUAAGUACCCCGAGUCAGCACCGGGUCGUGAAGAAGAGCUCAAGUUCCUCGCAAAUGACACCAGGGAUAACUGGACUCACUAGAAAUGAAACCCCGGUGUCGUUUAUUCCCAUCAACUCCUUCAUGCGUCCACAGAGUGCAGUGAGGAAAGAUUCACCAUCAUCCAUUCGUAACAAGGACACAGCAAAUGCCCGGGAACAAUCAGCGUCUGCUGCCCAAAAGGUUGUCCCAGUCAAAACAGAAAAUGGCAUUACAGCGUCACCUGAUUCUGUACCAAAGGAAAAACCGUCCAAUAGCACUGUUCCACAUACUCCAAAGUCAAUAGUGACAACGACAACGUUGACCACCAGUAGCGGACAAAAUGGACAAACGUCCACUACCACCGUAACAACGACUCGGUCAGGAGCAACAGUUGUUCAGAAAGUUUCAGCUCCUGCUAACUUUGGUACCCAGAUCAGUUCUAUCAUAUCCAAGGUCACAGAGUCUAAACCUUCUUCAAGUUCUCUGCAGGGCACCAGUAAGGCUGCGACCAAGUCUGUCUCGUCCAUACCUAAACCCGGCUCCAGUGCUUUGUCACAAGCAAGUAGUUCUUCUGAAGCCACCAGUAGUGGCUCAAGCAGUAGUGGAACUGGGAGUAGUGGAAACACCAGUCAGUGUGGAUCAAAGUCCAGUACUCCCGAUCUACAAGCAAUAGCCAAAGUUCGUAACCUUAACUACACUCCAACAAAGCCUUAUAACGAGGUCAUGGACCCAUCCCUGGAUGCACCUACACCAGCCCCAUUUAUUGGUACGAAAACUGAAAAAUCAGCAGCAAGCACCACUCUCUUGCGGCCAACACGACCUGCGCAGACCAAUGUAACAGUGACUUCAGUGCCAGAAGAAACGCAAAAUAGAGACUCAAAAACAGUGUCCUCAAAAAUGGCCCAACUUACUCAGAGUGCAACAAGUACAGUCUACUACAGCAAGGGGUCAAAGUCGGAAAUCAUCCUACAUGAGCAGCGCCCUGCGGUGGUAGGGGCUCCGUCCAAACGUGUCCUGUCGGAGAAAUCCGGGUCUGGGGGGUCCCUGGUAGCUGAUGAAGAAGGAACUGAAGAAUCUGACUUUGGAUCACCAGGGGAACGUCUUCCAGGAGAUGGUGAGGCCAGUCUGGAGGAGUUCGGCGAUGACGACGAUGACGGGAUCGACUGUUUAGAGGAUGACUAUGCCGGGGGGUCUGAUGGUGAGUCUGAUGGCUACUCCAUUACCAGUAGUAUUUCCCGACAAUCAUCUGCGGCUCGGUCGCGCGCAAGGUCUGCGCGCCGCUCCGCUGCACGAUCCGCCAGCUCCACAAGUGGUGAAGACUCACGGCCUCGUACUGCCAAGGCGUCUGCAUCUGUGCUCACAACAAGUGAAAAAGAAACGGUUCUCCAUCCUCCACUACGCCAAAGUCUUUUCCCACGCAUUCCCCCCACCGUCAACUUUGUCAUAGAGGGCGAGAAAGUGGAGCAGUUGCCAUGGGAAUACAGAAAGUUCCUCAAGUGGAGAAUGAGUCCCAUUACCCCAAACAUCGUCAAACACACGCUUGCUCGUGUAGGCUUCCGCAUUACCAAAAGGAAUCAUGACUGGUUGGGGUGUUGGGGUAAACACAUGAAAUCUCAGGGCUUCAAAGCAAUACGAGAAUAUCAGAAGUUGAAUCAUUUCCCAGGUUCGUUUCAAAUAGGUAGAAAGGAUCGUCUUUGGAGAAAUCUGUCCAAAAUGCAGUUGCAUAGUGGAAAGAAAGAAUUUGGAUUUUUCCCUCAGACAUUUGUUCUCCCUUAUGACAAUAAGUUAUUGAAACGUGCGUGGGAAGAUGGCGGAAACAAACAGAAGUGGAUUAUCAAACCUCCGGCGUCUGCCCGGGGCAUUGGGAUAAAGGUUAUCAGCAAGUGGAACCAGAUACCCCGUAAACGGGCAGUCAUCGUACAGAGAUACCUGGGUCGGCCGUACCUGAUCAACGACAGUAAGUUUGAUAUGAGAAUCUACGUGUACGUCAGCAGCUACGACCCACUGAGGGUGUACGUGUUUGAGGACGGACUCGCCAGAUUUGCCUCAUGCAAGUAUUCAUCGUCCAUGAAGAAUCUCAACAACAAAUUCAUGCAUCUCACGAACUACAGCAUUAACAAGAAAAAUGAGGAGUACCAGGCCAAUGGUGAUGAGAAACUAUGUCAAGGUCACAAGUGGGGGCUGAAGGCUUUAUGGAACUACAUGAAGCGACAGGGUAUCAACACAGCAGCCAUCUGGGAAAACAUCAAGGACCUGGUCAUCAAGACAAUCAUCUGUGCGGAUUCCCCCAUCAACAGUAUGAUCAAGGCUAACGUACGAAGUCGUUACUGUAUACACGAGCUGUUCGGGUUUGAUAUCCUCCUAGACGAGAACCUGAAGCCAUGGAUCCUAGAGGUCAACAUCUCCCCAAGUUUACAUUCCAACUCUCAACUGGACAUCAACAUAAAGGGACAGAUGAUCCGGGACCUUUUUAACAUCGCUGGUUUCCGUAUCCCAGAGAAAAGUGAUGUGGUUGUCCAUAGCACCCAGACAACUUCUUCAGACUUAAGUCACCACAAUCCAUCUAACGACUACUGUAUGGACAAAAGGUUGUUCGCCCAGAACCACUCGCCGGACGAGCGGAGUAAGCACGCCUACUACAGUCAGCGACACCAGGACGAGCAAGUUUUGCAGACGGUUUUGGACGUAUUGACGCCUGAUGACAUACGAAUACUGACUGAAAGUAUUGACGAGGACAGCCGCAAGGGAAGCUUCCAGCGUGUGUUCCCCACCCCAAACACUCACAAAUACAUGCAUUACUUUGAGACGCAUCGCUACUACAACUUGCUACUGGACCAGUACGUACAGAGAUACAACAGGAUGGAGCAGAAAGGUAUAGCUCUGCUAGAACUGUACUGUGACGAAGGUGUGCAUCUGGAAAACCCAACAGAUAGCCCAUAUCAUCAGUGGGCUCCACCAAGUUCGGGUUUGAACAGUUACCGUGGCGAGCCUCGUAUGCAAAGUGCACCACAACCCAAACACGACAUGCGUGCAGCAUUGCAUGUGCGGUCGAGUGUAUCCACUUCACAAUUGCCGAAAGUGUCUAAAAAGCCACCCAAAGCCCCUGCCAUCGCAAUCCACAGCCAUAGAACGGCGUCCCAGUCUAGUAGCGCGUCAUCAGUGCCCUCACCCGGAGAAACAACGCCCAUUACAAAUUACGCAAGUGUUGCAUCAUUAACAGCCACCAAGUCUAGGUGACUAGCGGUCCGCCUUCCCCCUCUCAAGGACCUCUUCAACGGUAACAUGCCCAUGUUAAACUCCAAGCGCUAUCAACGUCACCACACCACAAAAUCUGGGCUCACCACCCGUAGCUGUGAGUCCACUCGCAAACAACCACCUCCGAAGAAAGUUGUCAAAAAGAAACCCAGCAAGCCGGUGCAAAUGGAACAGUUCUUCUCGUGAUAGAGAAAAGCGUUCUGAGUAUGUACAACUUUGAAAAUGUUUGACAGGUUUUCAAACAAAACUUGGUGAAUGGCGCGGAUACCUGUGUUGGUGAAUUAAGAAGCUUGAAAGAGACAUCACAAUACGAAAGGCUUCGCGCCUGGGUGCUCAUCCUCAUUCUUCAUCGAGCAUGUCAUAUUUAUUCCAUAGUUCAUGCAUCACAUACUUAUAAUAGAGAAAGGAAACUCUGAGAAAUUCACUGUGCAUUGUAAAACUAGGCAUUAUGUAGGAUGUUUCUGUGUCCAAAUUAGGAUGAUUAAUUAUGACUAGCUCAGUGACCUCUGUUUGACUGGUUUUCUGUAUGAACUUGUCUAGCGUGGAACGGUAACCAUUGCAUUAUUCCAUUUUGUACUGUAUACAAUUUUCCAGUGAGCAUCUAUAAUGAGAUGUAAUAUUUUAAAUUGUAAAUUAGAAACAUUGAAUCAGUAUUUUAAACCAAAGAAAGUGAUAUUAAAUAGAAUAAACGUAUAUUUUGUGAUAUGUGAGUUUUUCUUUUUUUGUUAAUUGUAAAAAAUAAAUGAAUGAUAACUUAUUUCUGUACAAAGUUUGAAUAUUAUGUAAAAAAAAAGUGGAUCUUUUUUUGAAAAUAUGUUUUAAAGCAAUCACACAGAAUUUCUCAGAAUUUUGUACAUACCAUGUCAUACCUCAUUUGUUUAUGUAAAUCGUUUAUUUUUGUAACAGCAGUGUCCCGAGACCGACAUGAUGUAUUGUAACCUGCCUCCUUACAGCACACACCAAUGGAUGCACCAGUGGUCAGCAUGGCCGGCUACACACCAUUUCAGCAUAAAUUCGCCAAAAAAGAGUAAUAUUGACAGAGAUUUAUAUUAGUAUAAAUGCUAAAACAGUUACAGAAAACGAUUCAUUCGUAAAGCUAGGCUUUGAUCCCAUUAUUCAGACAUGAAAAUGAAAUACAAAGUAAUUGCCAACCAAAUUUAGGUGAACAAUUUAAAUGGAAACUUAAGUGAUGGCUGUUUAUUGAUCAUUGAGAUCCUGAUACUGGUGAAUUUCUGACUGAGGGCUGUAUUUUAUGAGCAUGACUAUUAGUACCAAUGUAUUAUAAUUUUGCAUGAUGGUGCAUGGUUGUAACAAUGUGUUUUUUACAUACUGUGUAUGAACUGUGUUAAUGGUAAUAAACCUGUUCUUUGUGUCUGACAUCGUAGGCUAGUAUAAGAACAGGCAAUGAGAAGUAAAAUCUAAAAUAAAUAAAACAAUGUUUAAAUAUCUGUAGGAAAUCAACAACUACAGUUCACUUGAUUUCUUCUCUCAGUUUUUGAGAUUGUCCAUGAAACAUUUGUUCGACUGAUUUUCAUAAUUCUUACAAUAUUUUAUUAUAUUUAUCUAGUUGUCCCGAUCCUAAGCAAAACAAAAAAAUCUAAUAAAACUUUCACUGGGAAACAAUCCCCAACAUGGAGUCAUCUACAAAAAAGAUAACAAAUUGACAUUUAGACUAGAUUUUUUGGUAGACCUCAAUGGAGAUCUAUAUCGUGUUUAAUAACACUUUAAAGUUUUUUCCCAGAGAGAUUCGAGAUUAAGGUAGGAAGUUUCUCGGGUUUUUCCCCAGAGAGAUCGGAGAUUAAGCUAGAAAGAUGGAAGAAUUCAGAAAACUUGGUUGGAUGUUUUGUUCACAAUCUCUAAUAUUGAGAAAUAAAAUAACAUGUAACUUGGAAACGCUAAUCUGUAUGUGAUGAAAUAUAUGAAUCCAUUUUAAUAUUGUUACAACAAAAGACAUUCCAGGUGAUGGGACCAGUUGUUGAUCCUAAAGGGAUCAAAUAUCACAUUCCACAGAAUGGGAUCAAUUUAUCAAAGACAAAGUUCGGUAUUUAAUAAUUCCCAAUAAAUAAAUAAUUUCAUGUGUAAAGACUGCUAGUCUUUAUAAUGCAAAGAAGAAGCUUUUUUUGAAUCUUCGGAAUUUAAUAACGUUUUUUGUUAUCCUUUCCCACGUUAUACAAAAGCUUGUACAUGUAUAAGGUUUGUUACACAUUCUGCCAAUGAAAAAAACACCUUUCUGAUUAUUAAUAGUUAAGAAAACUUUCCACCUUUUGAAUUCUACAUGAAGAAGUUUUUAUUGAAAGAGUUUUCUUUAUUUAUUAUACAUUUAUAUACAUUGAAAGAUUUUAAGUAGCAAUGUUAUUGUACUGGUAUUAUGAAGGUGCACCAUCGUAGCUGCCUACUGUGUUAUACGAGAUGGUGUGUAGAAUACGGUGUGGGAGUGUUACGGGGCGAUCAAGUGUGUUACGGGGGCGAUCGAGUGUGUUACGGGGCGAUCGAGUGUCGUGUCGGUUCCGGGGAACUUUGUUAUUAAUUACCUGGUGCUGAAAUACUGCAUUGUACAUCAUCCCAUUGACGUUUUGUUUUGUUUUUAGUUCAAAGUUUAUAUUUUAUCUACUCUGUCUUUUACUAAAUACAUUUAGUACCUCAGUUUGACAAACAGCCUAGGACGGUGUUUGGAGUCGGAUUCCUGUGUACAGAGCUGAAACGUGAUUGUCUAAGUUAUUGGAUUUCCGAAAAGGUUCUAUGAUUUACUAGAAAUGGAAGGCCAAUGAACAAUUUUAAAAUUGGUGUAGGGCUUUUUCUGGGUUUUUUGUUUGUAUUUUUGUGUUCUAUUUUAACGGCGAUAAUUGAAAAAUCUUGAUAUCAAGUAACUUUUUUCUGUAACUUCCAGCUAAAUCUGUAUUGAAUUAUAAUAACAAAAGGAAAAAAUGUACAAAUUGUGAAAAUUUUCCACAUGAACAAACAAAUUAGAAAUUUCUUCCAAAAUUUCAGGAUAAGGAGGAUUUUAAUAAUUUGUUCAGUUGUUUUGUUUCAAAAAAGUAAAAUUUACAAAAAGUGAAAGGCACACCUUUGAUUUGUAUGUGUCUUAAACUACCGUAGGUUGUAAACAAUGUGUACACUCAGAUUAUAUUUUAAUAUUUCUUUUGAUGAUUUCUUUUUUGCCUUUUUAGAAAGAAUUCUGUGAUAGCCUAAUAUUAAUAUACCUUGUAAUGUAUUAUAAUCACAAGUAUUCAGUGCUGUAGGUUAGCAUGCACAGUAUAUAGGGUCAGAUAACUUAAUUUUUAGAUAUACAAAUGUUUUGCUCAGAAUAUCUUGCAUGCUGGGUUAACUUUGUUUGCUUAAUCUAGUAUACAAGUUGAUGUAAUCCAAUCAUAAAUUUAUGCAAACAAAUUAGAAUCCCAGGAGGAAAAAGUUAUCCAAAAUAUGCAUUACCAGGGUAUAUGUAGUUUGAUUUUUAGAAAACCUCUGAAAAUUGUAACAAGCAUUAAUUGACUAUUUAGAUUCAAUCUAUAGUGACGUCACAGAGAUUCUGGCUAUAGUGACGUCACAGAGAUUCUGGCUAUAGUGACGUCACAGAUUCUGGCUAUAGUGACGUCACAGUGAUUCUGGCUAUAGUGGCGUCACAGAGAUUCUGGCUAUAGUGACGUCACAGUGAUUCUGGCUAUAGUGACGUCACAGAGAUUCUGGCUAUAAUGACAUCACAGAGUUUCUGGCUUUAGUGAUGUCACACAAAUUCUGGCUUUAGUGACGUCAUCAAGAUUUUGGGUAUUAUAAGUGGCAUAAAGGAGACUAGAUUUACAGGGUAUACCAAAUAUAUUGUUCAGAAUUCAGAAUUUAGACUACAGAUUUUACUUUUGACAUUACUUUACUGAACUUUCCAAAAUGGAGAGCGGUUAGAUAAAAAUUAAAUACUACCAGGGGUUCGUGUCAAAUAGAGACUUCAUAUUGCAUGCUAAAGCAGGAUUUGUUUUUUGUUGAACAGAUAGAAAAUGGUAUUGUGUUUGGAUAAUUUAUGCAGUAACUGAAUUGUGUGUUAAUCCAUUAGAUGAGUAUAUGAAUUCAACGGUACUGA